GCGUCUUGGCUGCAGCCGCAGCAGCUCCGGGCUGAGGAGGUGGAGCUGCAGGGCUUUAAAAAGACCUGCCUUGUUUACUGCAAGCGAGAGACGAGCGAAGUGCUGCGCUGGGGCUGCGGUGUUGCUGUGCUCUGGCCAUGGAGCCCAGCCGAGCCCAAGCGCUGCUCCUGAGCUGCUGGGUGCUGCUCGCCUUGGCCUCCGCCGCCGAAGAUGUUACUUCUAGCAUAUUGCCUGCCAUUACUGCCAAAGCGAUUGAUGCUGCAGAAAGUGACCAAGUUUUUGAAUCUGCUAACAGCUUACCAUCUCGGAGUGAGGCAGCUGCCGUACAGCCAGUUGUUGGGAUCAGCCAGCGGGUCAGGAUGCGAUCAAAUGAAAAAAAAGAUUUGGGCAUUCUAGGCUAUGUGAUGGGUGUUAUCAUGAUGGUGAUAAUCAUUGCUAUUGGAACAGGAAUUGUUGUGGGCUAUAUCUACAAAAGGGGGAAAGAUCUCAAGGAGCAGCAUGAGCAGAAAGUUUACGAGCGCGAAAUGCAAAGGAUCACGUUACCACUCUCAGCUUUCACCAACCAGGCCUGCGAGCUAGUGGACGAGAACACGAUCGAGGUGCACACGACUCAGACACCUGUAGAGGAAAUUCAUGAUGGCGAUGGACCCUUGAUGGGCCAGGCAGGCACUCCUGGAGCCUGAUUAAGGAGCACUUGGAGAAAACUCUCCUUUGACAACCACAAGCCCCUCUCCUCUCUCAUCCUUGAUAAUGGGAGUUCAUUUUUUUUUUCUAGUAAGGGAGGGUAAGAUGCCCGCACGGACAGAAAAGAUUUGUAAAGGGUAUCAGAACUGGCUCAUCCACAGUAGUGUGCUGGAAUGGAGCAGACCUCUGGGCUGUAGAAGGACUGUGGAGCUCUGACCUGAGGCCCCUGUUGUUCCUGUCUCUACAGUGCUACAAGAGAUGUAGCGCUACGGUUCCCGCUGUGGAGAGCAGUGACUUCACUCCUGAAAAGGCCACUCCCCUCUCCCUUCAAUUCUCCUUCCAGUGUGGGUGUUCACAAAUCUUGGUAUCUGUAAGCUCUUUUAACUGGGGGUGGGGUGGACUUUGAGCUGUUCUUUGUUUGCUUAAAAAAGGUGUUUGAAUACUUGAAUGUAGAUUUUGGGGGGGGGGGUGCGCUUGUGACAGCUGCCAAAGCAGUAGCAGUGCCACCGCCACCACAAAUCCUGGCACAUGUCUGUGUUUAGUGAUUAAGGAAUUUUAUUUGGCAAUGAAUAUUUAAGUCUACUUUUUAAAAAGUGUGGGGGCGGGGCCUUUGGAAAGCUUUCCAUAUGCCCAAGAUAGCUGGGGGUCGCUUUCUUGGCACUAGGUCAGAGGAGGAUGGGCGGAAAUCCCCGGCGAAAGACAAACAAAAAACUGUUCCACUGCCUAGAAGGCUGUUAAAAAUAAUCCACGUCUUCCACAGCCCAAUCCCUACCAGUCAGAAAUCAAGAAAUAUGAUCCCCUAUGUUUGUUCCUGCAACUUGCCAGGACUCUCCUGCAGUCUCCGAGAUCAGGUAACAGCCUAGAGUCCAGGAAGCAGCUUUAGUUAGCAGGAAUGGAGAACUUUUAACCCCAUAAGGAUUAUUUCUACACUCCUUUCGUCAGAGCUUCAUUUCCAAGAUGAAGAGAGUUUUAAAAGUGUUUACUAGGUUAAACCUGACCAAAAAGAUGUGCUAAAAAAGAAAGUGGCUGUCAGUGACAGAGGGACAGAUUUUUCUCCCUCACAUUGGAGUAAAUGGUUCAGGGCCUUUGCCUGAAAACCGGCCAGUUUGGAUGAAGAAUAGUUGGCAGAUGUAUUACUAGAAUUAAAGCACUUAUGGGUAAGCUUUUGGGGCCGGAGAUCGAUGGAGACAGGAAGAGGACGCACACAAGAUAAACGGAGACCUGCUGCUCUUCAUAUAGCUGGAACAUGUCAGCGAAGUGGUGGUUACACCAAAACAGAUUUUUUAAAUCCUUCUCCACUCAAGGGCCUCCAAGCUGCCAAGAGUAAAGUUUUCUUGCAAAUGAUGUCCAUGAGCAAGAACAAAGGAAACAUUUUUAAAUUUUUUAAACGCCUUUGAAUACCAUUUCUUUGUAAGCAUCUUAAAAUACCUCAUGAUUGUGAAAUAAACUAUUCAGGUUGUAAUUAA